AUGGAAUCAUCUGUGAUAAUGAAUCUUGUCCAACUUCGUGCCCCCAAAGUUCUGGUUGCAACGGUGCUGCUACUUCGCUGGAUGGACAAUCUGGCUUUCACGGACCAGUACGUACUAUUUGAUUUGUUCAGUGGCUGUGGCAAUGUUCACAAAGAAUGGAGUGCAGCAGGCUAUUCUUCGGCAUGCUUUGACAAGCUGUAUGGUCCUGAAAUGGACUUCUUGUCAUGUGCUGGUUUUUCGCUUUCGAUUUAUGCGGCGCUCAAUAUGAUCCCUGAUGGUGUGGCGGUCAUCGGGCCAGAUUGCAGCAGCUGGGGAAUACCAGCUCGCGGGUCGUCAGGAAGAAACUUUAUCAACCCGAAUGGCUACACGCAUCGAGCAUUUGUGAACAGCAAUAACUGUCUGGUGUCUCGGAUGGUAUUGUUAUUGCUGGUCCUGCUGAGCAAGCACUGCUGCUUCAUAGUGGAGCAACCUCACCAGAGCUUGCUAUACAGAUCUGCCCGAUGGGAAUGGUUUUGCAAUAGAGUUGCCCGGGUGUUUGAGGUGGGGUUUUGGAUGCUGCGUCACGGCUCGCCAAGUGCCAAACGGACUAAAUGCUUCAGUACAAUGGCCACCCUCCUACAACUUGACCAUGGCGUACUUUCCAAAGCUGAGCGUGAACAGAAAACGACACUGACCACCGUUCGCAAGCACACGAACAAGCAGGGCAAGACCACUUUUUCUGGUAAGAAAGCUGAGCUCAAACAAUCUGGAACUUGA